AAAUCUGUUCCUUGUCCCGAAAAAUUAAAAAAGUAGAGGUGGCCAUUCCGUCUUCGAGUUAUAAUUCUCGAAAAAAAAAAAAAAAAGAAUAUCCCGAUUCCCGACUCCCCGACCUCGCUGCACGCUGCACGAGCACCACCGAAAUUCCAGCUUCUAACACCUGGCAACCUUCUCUGCCAACCUUCAACUUACUACGCUCUUCUUUAUCUUCCCUACCGGAAUUUCCGUUGCUCCCUUUCCUUUUUUUUAUUAUAUUACUCACUCAUUCUUUUGUGACUUGACCCGUCGCCUUUCCCUUACCUAGCCUUGGUCUGGCUCAAUUGAUUCGUUUGAGUUGUUUAAAAUGGGUAUUAUCGACAAUGAGAUGAAGCGGUUGCAGGACGUUGUGUCCGGCUUAGAAGACCGCGUACGACGUCUAGAACAGCGCCAAUCCGGCGAAAGUAAUGAGAGCGUGCGCAUGAUCCUCAUGGGUCCUCCUGGAGCUGGAAAGGGAACGCAGGCGCCCAAGAUCAAGGAGAAGUUCUCGUGUUGCCAUUUAGCUACCGGCGACAUGCUCCGAUCCCAGGUCGCCAAGAAGACGCCUCUUGGAAAGGAAGCGAAGAAGAUCAUGGACGCCGGUGGUUUGGUCAGCGAUGAGAUCGUCAUUGGCAUGAUCAGGGAAGAACUUGACAACAAUAAGGAGUGCAAGGGAGGCUUCAUCCUUGACGGUUUCCCCCGCACUGUCGCUCAAGCCGAAUCGCUCGACAAGAUGCUUGCCGAAAAGAACCAGAAGCUACAGCACGCCGUUGAGUUACAAAUCGACGACGCUCUCCUGGUUGCGCGUAUUACCGGUCGUCUAGUCCACCCCGCCUCCGGUCGAAGUUAUCACAGCACCUUCAACCCCCCGAAGGUACCUAUGACGGACGAUAUCACCGGCGAGCCUCUAAUCCAGCGAUCUGACGACAACGCCGAUGCGCUGAAGAAGCGUCUGGUUACCUACCACUUACAGACCUCCCCAGUUGUCGGAUACUAUAAGAACACUGGUAUCUGGAAGGGCGUUGACGCCAGCCAAGAACCUGGCCAAGUUUGGAUCAGCCUGUUGAAGAUUUUCGACGAGAACAAGAGCCCUAAGAGCGGUGGUAUCUUGAGCAGGCUGACUGGCCAAUAAGCCAGCGGCUACUCUUGUCUUUGCCUUCCGCUCUCAUCCUGGUUUCCUAAGAUUUGGAUCUAGGAGGUGAGACGCGGGCAUGGAUAUAGGAGUUUCCAACAUGAGGCGUCAGGCGGUCAUCUAGGAAGGCGUCAUU